GUAAUAUAAGAGGCGCAUCUUCGAGUUUGCACAUUUUAGUUUUAAAAGCCGGCCGUCGGAGAACGGGUCAUGUUAGCGAAUUUUAGCAAAAUAUAUAGUUAAUUAUAGCGCCGGGUAGGCUUUGCUUUGUGUUGCCGGGAUUGAGGUUGUGACGGGAAGCCUGCGUCUCAAGGUCAUAACCAGGCCUACAAGGCCGUAUCCCGUGCCAUGGGGCCGGGAACCCUCUUCUAUUUAUUGGCCGCGCUGGCUAUAAUACAUGCCAGCGAGGAUACGCCAAAGAAACUGCCAAAAGAUGAAUUAAAAGCAUUAGCAGAAGCGCGAGAGGCUCGCCAAUACGACCCGUACCAGGGACAAGCAGAUAACGAGGUGGUCGUGGACAUAGAGGACGAUGAAAAGAAACAGUAUUAUGAAACUAAUUACGACACAAGUGCAUACGGCUUCGGUUAUGACGUCGGUCCAAACGGGCAGUUCCAUCAUGAGAACCGCGGUCCGGAUGGCGUCACUUAUGGUUGCUAUGGUUACUUGGACCCAGACAACUUCCUCAGAGCUACUCACUACGUUGCUGACAGCCACGGAUACAGAGUAGUGGAACCCGAGAAACCAGUUGAAGUAUUCCCUGACGAGAAAUAUGAAUACGAUGAAACCACUGGACAGGCAUUAAACACUCAGCCCGGACAACUCAUCCCUUGGAAGAAACUCUACUUCCCCAAAGGAUGUGGUCGUACUCCCGGUGGAGUUCCAGCCAAGCCAUUGCCGAAGCCUACGCCCAAACCACCUCGUCCCAUAGACAGCAGUAGUGAGACCACAAACGUGAAACCUGUACAAUCUGGACAAGGACCCAAUGGACCUUAUGGCCCUGGAUCAGGAUCAUCGCAAGGUCAACCAGGCAAGCCAGGAACUCCAGGCAGGCCUGGUACUCCAGGUACCCCAGGAACCCCAGGCUCUCCCGGCUCUCCCGGCACACCAGGUGGACCAGGAGGUCCAGGUGGUCCCGGCGGCCCCGGCGGUCCUUCAGGCGGUUCUUACCCCGGCUCUAGUGGAACUCCAGGCACCGCUGGAUCUCCAGGCACCCCAGGAGGUCCAGGAGGACCCGGCGGCCCUGGAGGCCCUGGAGGCCCUAAUGGACCUAAUGGCCCUUCAAACGGCUACUACCCAGGACAACCCGGCAGCCCCGGAACUCCAGGAAGCCCAGGCUCACCAGGUACUCCAGGAGGUCCAGGCGGACCAGGCGGACCAGGUGGUCCAGGUGGACCUAAUGGCCCUAAUGGCCCUUCAAGCGGCGGAUACUACCCAGGACAACCCGGCAGCCCUGGUACUCCAGGAAGCCCCGGAUCACCAGGCACUCCGGGAGGUCCAGGUGGACCAGGUGGACCAGGUGGUCCAGGUGGACCUAAUGGCCCUAAUGGCCCUUCAAGCGGUGGAUACUACCCAGGACAACCCGGCAGCCCUGGUACUCCAGGCAGCCCCGGAUCACCAGGCACUCCAGGAGGUCCAGGUGGACCAGGCGGACCAGGUGGUCCAGGUGGACCUGGUGGACCUAAUGGCCCUAAUGGCCCUUCAAGCGGCGGAUACUAUCCAGGACAACCCGGCAGCCCUGGCAGCCCAGGAAGCCCAGGAUCACCAGGAACGCCAGGUGGACCUGGCGGUCCAGGUGGCUCCGGUGGUCCAGGAGGACCAAACGGACCUGGUGGUCCAGGUGUACAAGGUGGACCCAAUGGACCUAAUGGCCCUUCAAGCGGCGGCUUCUACCCAGGACAAUCUGGCACACCAGGAAGCCCAGGAUCACCAGGCACUCCCGGAGGUCCAGGUGGACCAGGUGGUCCUGGUGGUCCCGGAGGACCUGGCGGACCCAAUGGACCAAAUGGACCUAAUGGCCCUUCAAGCGGCGGUUACUACCCAGGACAACCCGGCAGCCCUGGCACUCCAGGAAGCCCAGGAUCACCAGGCACUCCAGGAGGCCCAGGUGGGCCCGGUGGACCAGGAGGUCCAGGAGGACCCGGUGGACCCAAUGGACCAAAUGGACCUAAUGGUCCUUCAAGCGGAGGCUACUACCCAGGACAACCCGGCAGCCCUGGUACACCAGGAAGUCCAGGAUCCCCAGGCACUCCAGGAGGCCCAGGUGGGCCAGGCGGUCCCGGUGGACCAGGUGGACCUAAUGGACCUUCAAGCGGCGGCUACUACCCAGGACAACCUGGCAGCCCUGGCACUCCAGGAAGCCCAGGAUCACCAGGAACACCAGGUGGUCCCGGAGGUCCAGGUGGUCCCGGUGGCCCUGGAGGACCCGGUGGUCCAACCGAUACAACAACCUAUCCAGGACAAACAGGACAAACCGGACUAGGAAGCCAACCUGGUAAACCAGAUCAACCAGGAUAUCCAGGACAGCCCGGACAACCAGGACAACCCGGACAACCAGGACAAGGAGGCCAACCUGGUAAACCAGGACAACCAGGAUACCCAGGACAACCCGGACAACCAGGACAAGGAGGCCAGCCUGGCAAACCAGGUCAACCAGGAUACCCAGGACAGCCCGGUCAACCAGGACAAGGAGGCCAACCUGGUAAACCAGGACAACCAGGAUAUCCAGGACAACCCGGACAACCAGGACAAGGAGGCCAGCCUGGUAAACCAGGUCAACCAGGAUACCCAGGACAACCAGGACAAGGAGGCCAACCUGGCAAACCAGGUCAACCAGGAUAUCCAGGACAACCAGGACAAGGAGGCCAACCUGGUAAACCAGGGCAACCUGGAUACCCAGGACAACCCGGACAACCAGGACAAGGAGGCCAACCUGGUAAACCAGGUCAACCAGGAUACCCAGGACAACCAGGAGAACCAGGCCAGCCAGGUUAUCCAGGACAGCCCGGGCAACCAGGACAAGGAGGACCAUCCGGUGAACCAGGACAACCAGGACAGCCAGGUUACCCAGGACAGCCAGGUCAACCAGGAUACCCAGGUCAACCCGGGCAGCCAGGAGGGCCAGGACAAGAAGGCCAACCAGGAUACCCUGGGCAACCUGGACAACCAGGCUACCCGGGGCAACCAGGGCAACCAGGCCAACCCGGAUACCCAGGUCAACCUGGGCAACCCGGCCAACCAGGAUACCCCGGACAACCAGGUGAACCCGGACAACCAGGAUACCCAGGACAGCCUGGCAAGCCUGGACAGCCAGGGUACCCAGGAUAUCCAGGACAGCAAGGCCAGCCAGGUGGACCUGGACAACAAGGACAACCUGGCACACCAGGUCAACCUGGUCAGCCAGGUUAUCCAGGACAGCCAGGACAACCAGGCCAACCAGGACAACCAGGAUACCCAGGAGGGCCAGGACAACCAGGCCAACCAGGACAACCAGGAUACCCAGGACAGCCAGGUCAACCUGGCAAACCAGGUCAAUCAGGAUACCCAGGACAACCAGGUGGCCCCGGACAAACUGGACAGCCAGGACAACCAGGUAAACCAGGACAGCCAGGUCAACCAGGACAGCCAGGAUACCCAGGUCAACCCGGGCAGCCAGGAGGGCCAGGACAAGAAGGCCAACCAGGUUACCCUGGACAGCCUGGACAACCAGGCUACCCAGGGCAACCGGGUCAACCAGGACAGCCGGGAUACCCAGGGCAGCCAGGUGAACCUGGAAAACCAGGACAGCCUGGCCAGCCCGGAUACCCAGGACAACCAGGUCAACCAGGAUACCCUGGACAGCAAGGACAACCAGGUUACCCAGGACAGCCAGGGCAACCUGGUGGACCGGGACAAGCAGGUCAGCCAGGAAAACCAGGACAGCCGGGACAACCAGGUUACCCAGGACAACCAGGACAACCAGGCCAGCCGGGAUACCCAGGACAGCCAGGACAGCCAGGACAGCCGGGAGGCCCUGGACAACCAGGUCAGCCAGGAAAACCAGGACAACCAGGAAUCCCAGGUGGACCCGGACAACCUGGACAACCUGGUUAUCCGGGACAACCAGGCCAGCCGGGAUACCCAGGACAGCCAGGUGAACCUGGUAGCCCCGGAAAACCAGGACAGCCUGGACAGCCAGGAAGCCCUGGACAACCAGGUCAGCCAGGAAAACCGGGCCAACCAGGCCAACCAGGAUACCCAGGACAACCUGGACAAACCGGAGGCCCUGGACAACCAGGUCAACCUGGAUACCCAGGGCAACCAGGACAACCGGGAUACCCAGGACAGCCAGGUGAACCUGGACAACCAGGACAGCCUGGACAGCCCGGAUAUCCAGGACAACCAGGACAACCUGGAAAACCAGGACAACCAGGACAACCUGGAAAACCAGGACAACCAGGACAAGUAGGACAGCCAAACCAACCAGGAUACCCUGGACAGCAAGGACAACCAGGUGGUCCUGGACAACCCGGACAACCUGGUUAUCCGGGACAACCAGGUCAGCCGGGAUACCCAGGACAGCCAGGACAACCUGGUGGCCCCGGACAGCCAGGCCAGCCAGGAAUGCCAGGUCAACCAGGGCAACCUGGUAGCCCUGCGCAACCAGGACAACCAGGAUACCCAGGACAACCGGGACAACCAGGAUACCCAGGACAACCUGGACAACCAGGAUACCCAGGACAACCUGGACAACCAGGACUGCCAGGAAAACCAGGCCAGCCAGGGCAACCAGGACAACCUGGACAACCUGGUGGCCCUGGACAACCAGGUCAACCGGGAUACCCAGGGCAGCAAGGACAACCGGGAUACCCAGGACAGCCAGGUGAACCUGGGCAACCAGGACAGCCUGGCCAACCCGGAUACCCAGGACAACCGGGCCAACCAGGUUACCCAGGACAGCCAGGUCAGCCGGGAUACCCAGGACAGCCUGGGCAACCUGGUGGCCCUGGACAACAAGGUCAGCCAGGAAAACCAGGUCAACCAGGACAGCCUGGAGGCCCUGCUCAGCCAGGACAACCAGGGUACCCAGGGCAACCAGGACAACCAGGAUACCCAGGGCAACCAGGACAACCAGGUUAUCCAGGACAACCUGGACAGCCAGGAGGCCCAGGACAGCCAGGCCAGCCAGGAAAACCAGGGCAACCAGGACAACCAGGAUACCCAGGGCAACCAGGACAACCAGGAUACCCAGGGCAACCAGGACAACCAGGUUACCCAGGACAACCUGGACAGCCAGGAGGCCCAGGACAGCCAGGUCAGCCAGGAAAACCAGGGCAACCAGGGCAACCAGGGCAACCAGGACAACCAGGAUACCCAGGGCAGCCAGGUAAAAAUAAUAUGAAUUUUUCCUUAUUUCAAAUGUACUUAAGGGGUGUUUACAAACAUGCGUUCAAUACGUAUUAUAAUAUGUACAUUGUACAAUAUACACUCUCAAGUAGACUUCAAUAUAACACAAACAAUUGUGUAGUAGCAGAAUCGAAUCUGCGAUACGUUUGGGAUAUGUCAUCUAUACUAAUAUUAUAAAGAGGUAAAAUAUGUAAGUUUGUAUGUUUGUAAGUUUAUAAGUUUGUUUGUAGGGGGUAAUCUUCAGAACCACUGCUUGGAUUUCCAAAAUUCUUUCACUAAUAGAAAGCUACAAUAUUCCUGAGUGCUAUAGACUAUAAAACAUCACGCUACGAUUAAAUGGAGCCAAGGAGUAGCUAAUAGGUUAUAUUUUAUAGUAUAGGGAUAUUUAAAAGCGUCUUAAAAUCCGCCCUAGAUAUUUUCAUUAUUCUCGACCUUAGUUAUAAAGUCAUCAUCAUAUUUACACACUAUGAUGACAUACACUUAUCGAAUUUCUUAUGGAAUACAGUUAACCUUACAAUAGCAUCGUAGCCGGCGAGAAUAAACAAAUAGGAAGAGCCUAAUAGAACG